GGUGAGGACUGUGGGAAAGCAGUGUGCCGUUGGAGGCAGAAGAGGAUUCUCUGUCUGUCUGUGUCCAUGUCUCUGUUCUGUUCCCGGCUUCAUUCCUACAAAGACCGCCGAUGUCCCUCCUGCUGUUCUGCCUCUGGAAUUAAGUCAGCUGGAUUACGACUCGGACUCUCAGCUUAUUAUUCCGCGCUGCCACAUUUAAAUGGGAGGCAAAGUUGGACCUCCGUGGACUGCACGAAUGGUGACAAACAGUUUGAUUCUUCUUGCGCUUUUAAAUGCUUCCUAGCAUUCAAAAUGACUUCACUUUUCUUCAGUAAAAGCGUUUUUAUAUGUAAAAUCAUUUCGGCUGCUUCCUUUUGGGGUUGUGCAGUCAGAGGAUAGGUUAGUUAUUUUACUAUAUAUAUUUUUGGAACUUGGCUAUUGAGGUUUAAUUCAAUGUGUAAGAUGAGUGGGGAGGAGGGGUAGAAAAUGAUGAUUUAACCUUUCUGAAAGUCCGUCACUCUAGCCUUGGUCUUUCUGUUAUUUUACAAAAAAAAUGAAAAUGUAACUGUGGCAGAGUUGCGUGUGCUCUGUUAGGGUCAUAUAUUUUUAUUUUUGGUCAGAGUGAAGGCUUUUUAAUGGGCUGCAGGUGAACGUGCCACUCAUCCUGUUCUUUACUCUCCAAGGGAACCCUCCAACUAAACUCUUCCCUGUUAACCCAUUUAAACGCCCCGAUCUCCCCUGUGGGGGAUUCUCUGGACCGUCUGUCCUACUCUAGUUUUUGGAGGAAAGCUAAACGCCAAACCAGUAAGGGGGGGAGGGGGGGAUACUGGGAACAAAGAACACCCCCCUCCCAAAAGGUGAGAGGGGGGGAAGAUGGCAGCUCUCGCCAGCUCACUCAUUAGACAGAAACGGGCGGUGAAGGAGGACCCAGCUAACCGACCGGUAGCCAACAAGCGCAAGCCCUGUCCCAAGAGCAACAAGUCGCUGUGCCAGAAGCAGAUCCUGGUCCUGAUCUCCAAAGUACGACUCUGCGGGGGUCGAAAAGCUCGAAACGAUAAAAGACCAGAGCCACAGCUGAAAGGCAUAGUUACUCGGCUAUACAGCCAACAUGGAUACUACCUGCAGAUGCAGCCUGACGGCACCAUGGACAGCACAAGGGAUGAAGGCAGCUCAUUUUCACAGUUCAACUUAAUUCCAGUAGGACUGCGGAUCGUUGCAAUACAGGGUGCAAAGACAGGAUUAUACCUCGCCAUGAAUAGUGAGGGAUACCUUUAUACCUCGGAGCACUUCACUCCGGAGUGUAAGUUCAAGGAGAGUGUAUUCGAGAACUACUACGUCACGUACUCUUCCAUGCUGUAUCGCCAGACCCAGUCUGGCCGCUCCUGGUAUAUCGGUAUCAACCGUGAUGGCCAGGUCAUGAAGGGCAACCGCGUGAAGAAGACCAAAGGAGCAGCUCACUUCCUGCCUAAAGUUAUUGAGGUUGCGAUGUAUAAGGAGCCAUCGCUACACGAGCUUGCUGCCGAACCAGUGAGUCCUCCCCGGAAGACAGUGAAGACAUCCGAUUCGCCGUCCCGGAAGAACGGUCGGAAAGAAGCUCCCAAGGCUGACGCGUCAUAGCACAGAGAGAGUGAGGGCGGGACAAAGGGCAGCAGCGACGCUGGGAAUCCAGCCGCCCGUUAUGCACUGAGGGCGGCUGAGGGAACGGCCCUCACCGACCACCACAUUCCAGAAGUGCACUAGCAGACGCUGGGGGGGGGGGCGAAGGGGUCAGAGGUCCAUCAGCAGCCACGGAGGCCUGAGAGAGGAGAUCCCCCCCCCCUUCACCUGUCAGGAAGCCCUCGGCCUUCUCCGUCCCCCUGUGACUUCCUAACGCACAGUCUCCUCCGUUUCUCUGUCAGGCUCAAGGUUCUUUGUCCCACUGACGAUUUCAUCUUCUCUCACAACUCUCUAUUGUCCUGUGUAUUCACUACUUACGCAUUCCCAGCGCUGACUCUGCAUCAUAAUCCUCACCCCCGGGUCCCCGCUUGAGCCCUAAAGUUGGUGACAGUGUGGCUCCGGGAAGCUUUCCGCCCACCAUCUGCCGUACAGCUAAGUUAAUCACAGAGGUCAACUAAAGCGCAGAGUGAGAUAAAACUGCUCACAGAGGAAUGUUAUCCGCAGGGAUCCUGGGUCAGGUCAGGUCAGCUGAAGAAAAUGAGGGUGUGAGAAAGCUAUAGCUAUAUUUAAACAUAAAAUAUAAUUAUUUUGUUAUUAUUAUUAUUAUUUAUUUAUUUUUAUUUGAAUAUAUUAGAAAAAUACUGUGAUAGAAACUCAAAUUCCUGACAGGCUGAAUGGAAAUGGACAUUGAUAAGGAAAAAGGAAAAAGAUGACAACAAUGCUCAAAUCAUCAUCAAGUCCAAAACAUUAGCAAGGUGGUGAUGAUAAGGAUAAAAACAUGAUUCAUGAAGAAUUCCACAAGCCAUAUAAAAGUAUGUAUGAAGGUCAGAGGCACAGCUUGUUAAGUGUCGGAUAAAAACAAAAAUAUGAUAUUUAAGAAAAUUCUAUUCUUCCUGGGAAGACGAGCCAUAAACACCAGUUCAGAGUUCAACUGAGCAAUAAUGCACCAAGAAGCCAGAAGAUGACUCAAGUGCAGGAGGGCGACGCUUGUGUUAGAAUAACAGUAAUAAUAAUAACAUAGAAAUUGGUAAUGUUUUAAAUCCGUGGUAGAUCUGAACUCCAUCGCCUGUAAAAAGAAAGGAGCCAUAGUGUACACUUCACUCAGCAUCUGCUGUCAGCAUGAAGCCAGGUUUGAAGCCCAACAUCAAAGGCAGAGGAGCCUCUGAGCUGGAGCACUUGUUAUUCUGAGGAUGUCUGGCAGCUUAUCCACUCACUUGCUUUAUCAAAUCACCUUGGAAGAAUCGCCCCUCAAAAAUGUAGUUGUCUGAGUGAAUGUUUUGUUUGCGUUUGAACCCCGUGAGUCUGACUAAAUGGAUGCACUGUGUGCAAAAAAGAGCCGGUGCAGAGGACAGAUACGGAGAUAAUGUGGGCAACCUACCGUGUCCUUGAGACGGGGCACGACGCUGUGUCUUUGAUUUCUGUCAAUCUGUGAUACCAGGGCGAACGUCCGCCCAGCGUAUAUACUUGACAUGUAGGAAUCCUAAAACAUAAAGGGAAAUCCUCACAUGGUACUUCAUGGAUGUAAUAUUUUCAAUCAACUAAUAUUUGGGUUUGCAACGGGUCUCUCAAUCCAACAUUUCCAGUAAAACAUGCAAUGACCUGAGGCUGACUGAAUGGGAGCAGUCAGGGUCUUUGCCUUGUAAUGUUGACACUCGGCCUCGCUCGGGUCACCCACUGAGGAUAAAUAAAUGUCCCCACAAUGUUCAGUCAAAUGUGAAUUUGCAUAGAUACCAUUACCAAACAAAGACACCAGUGAGCCCCUUGUUGAGUCAGGCAAGAGCAACGCUGGCAAACUGUAAGAAUACUCAUUAUAUAGACGCUAGCAGUCACAGGUAAUCUCGAAGAGGUUCACGGCAUUGGCACGGGGUCCGAUUGGAAUGGAAACAUAAUGUGAAACGUGAGGCUUUAUGAACCGUGAGCGAGAGACAGUGUGUUGAACUGCGAAGACGUCGGUGCAUGGAGGCAGAUAUUUAGAAAGCGUGAAGGAUUAGCAGGUGUAUUCUUGAGGAAUGUUGAUAAGGAAUUUCUGCAGUAGAGUAAGCAAAAUUCUUGGCAGGGUUUUAUGCGGCAUCUGGAUAUGAUAAUUAACGUAAGACAAAGAGGCAUGCAAGGCACUGUGAGCUAUUUAUGACUGGGGGUCUAUGGAGGAAAUUAGUAAGAGCUUUACAUUUUUUAAGUAAGUCUUCAAAUUUCUGGGCUUUUCCAAGAGGAAUAUCAUUCAGUACAAAUUUAGAUGUUCUGUCCUUGUAGCAGAUUUUGCAUCGCAGACCUACAAAUCUCUAUUUUUGAAAAGCCAGCGCUUCCAGCUCUCCAGUGGAUUUGGUACAACCUAGAAUGCUUUCUAACUGUGCACAAACUGAACGAAAUCAAAGUGAGUGCACAGUACGUAGUAUACAAUGCUUGAGGCUUUUUUUAGUAGUCACUACUCACACAGUUUUUAAUGUUUGCGUAUUCCAUCUGGGAGCUUCUUCACGGCACAUUACAUUUCAAAGUUGAUAAGUCCACUCUAUAAAAGGAAAGUAUUUGGAGUUGCAAAGCAGGGAGUGAGUGACAGCAAGGGAAUAUUUGUUCUUCCCCUCUUGGUUUAAACAGUAACGCUGCACCUUAUGAUUACUUCCUUUAUCACUUUAUCUCUACUAUAGCAUCUAUUUUUCUCUAGCAUCUUUUUGCUACAAAAAAUAUUUAUCCAUUAGAAAAUGAGUUGUGCAUUAAUUUCCUUUAUUGACUAAUAAUCUUUUGACUUAUAGACUUAUAGACUAAUUGUUGCAGCUCUACGUCACAUUAAAGAGGAUAGAGAGUAUUUAAACAUAUGGAUCUCACCAUGAAACUUGAUAUAAUUGUUACUUUAUCAUGUUAAACAUUAGAGAGAUAGAAAUCCUCCAUAGGUUUCUUUCUGAAUAGUGACCAGUGACCUUACUAACGUAACACAGAAGAAGGCCCCAGUAAGUUUUUAAAAGGUGAAACCGCAAGUCAACCAGAAAGGAACAGAGAAUGUUGAGCAGCAGACUGUUAAGUGAAGAAUGAAGUGACAUGUCGGACAGAGAAAAGUAUGUUUUUACGCUGAAUGUAAAAUACAGGAUGUGUGGAGGCAACAGGAAGUAAAAUAACCGAAUGUAAUGUAAAAGCUACGGGAGAAAUAGUCCCACGUGAGGUAAAUGAUAUGCUCGCUAGAUGUUAUGUGGUUUGAAGACGUCGGAAAGUGCAAUGUGAAAAUGCGUUUACCUUGAAGAGCUAACAGCGAGGUGAUGACAUGGACAAUGAAAGCACAGAUGCGGUUUGCGUGCCCACGCAUGAGAGAUUUGAAGUCGUUAUCCCUUUCCAACACAGCCUACAGAAUCUACAGCCCAUUCACUUUUCCUUUCAACACUACAUAUCUGUGUAGGUGUAUAUACUUGCAGUGUGUCUGCAAAGUCAUUGUGUGUGUGUGUGCAUCUAUGAUUGAGAGUUAGAUAAGACAAGACAGAGCGGCAAGGAGUAAAGAAAAGGGCAGGAGAUUGAAACAAUGAUCGAUAGACUCAAUAAAACCCAAACGAGAGAAGAGCCACUCUGCGAUGGGUGAAAUAAAAUUUCCCCAAGGUCUGCCAGAGACAGCCAGAUCCAUUUGCUCAUAAUGAACUCAGAGCGCUGCUGUUUGAUUUCUUACAGUAAACUCAACAAAAGAAGUUGUUUUUUUGUCUCAGGGUGAGAGACGGUGUCUUCCUGUUUGUAAAUGUGGAAAAAUCAGCAGCCAUACUGUUAAUGUUCGACCAGCGUAGUGGAGAUGUAAAACUUUUAUUGCACCGGACAACAGCUACCAACAUAAAAGGGAAGUAUUUGGAUACAAUUCCUGGUAGCAUUUGAUUUGAAGUGUAUUACAAAGAACCAAUGCAUCUUUAAUUUAUAAAGCACAAGAUUUUAUUUUUUGUCUUCUCUCAACUAGUGGCAAAAAUGUUGAGAACUUUGAAUGAUGCUCCGGUCUCAUUUGCCAUCACCCCAAACUAUUCUCAUGAAGAACUUAAAAACAGAACCUUGUGAUCAUAGAAGCUCUGCAAAAACACUAUAUUCUCAUAUGUUGUGACUGCCGUAAUUUGCAGUCGGUGUCGGGUGGUACAUUGUCCCAGAUACAGCUCCAAACAAGCUCAAACCAUAUUGCAUACUGCCAUGCUCACCAUGCAAAUUGUCCUACUCCAGAGAGAAUUUGUCUAUAAGUGUCUCCCUCUAAUGGAGAAACUUGGUUGCUAAAAUGUAACCCUGUUAAUGAACAGCACAAAGAAACACUGUAUGGUUUGUAAGCAUACAACUCAAAACAUCUAAACUAAAAUCUAAUCACAAUCAACGUCGCUUUAGUGUGCUGAGAUACUCUCAUUUUCCUGCGAUUCAUAAUGAAGUUCUGUUGUUUACACCCUGCUGUAAUGGGAUGAUAGCUAUCAUAAUGGGUUCCUGAUGUGGUUACAAAGCCUUGUUAUGCUUCAUGUGCAACACUUCCAAAUGCGACAGCUCCUUACACUUGGAUUGGUGCUCUCCUACUGGAUUAGUGUCAUUUCAGUUUUUAGUAGAUAAAACAAAUAGUUACUGAUCGUAUACGAUAGUAUUCUUACCAAACAAUUGUAUGCAGUAAAUACAUAACACUUGAUUUGAAAAACUUUAUUGUUGUGUUUUUUUCUGCAAAGAACUCAAGAAGGAUUCAAAAUUGUGGACACAAACUUUUUUUACCAAUGAAUAACAAAAAAAAACUAAUAAAAGACAAAAAGGUUAAUCAGUCCUCAAAUUACAUUCAAAUUAGAUUCAAAAUUGAAAGCAUGACACUUUGCUGAUUAAAUAAGAUUGUGAUCUCUAUAUAAUGUAACAGCAUGCUUUCAGACAACAAAACCUGUCCGGAGGGCCUAAAUGUACGGAAUGCUGCCAGUUGACAUGUAUGUUAAGUCAAUAACACAUUAGUAUAUAUCAGAUGUACUAUGUCAGGUCUAUUCUUUUCACAAAUGUAUUUUAAAUAAUCGGUGUAGAGGACUUGAUUUUAUUGUCGUUGAGUUGUUCUACUUUGUCAUGUUUCCAUCUUAAUGCAAACUUCUCCGAAUUGUUGUUACUGUCCAGAUCUUCCCUUUGGUUUCUUCCUAUUUGGAUGGAAGCCCCCCACCCCCCACCAGUGAACUGAACCCAAACUGACUCCACUGUGUAACAGAGUUGUGUUUGUGACAGAUUCCGUGUAUUCAACAUGCGUCUCGUGAUGCGCAGCAAUGACCCUGGUGGUCUCAGAGUAACGGUCACACAAGUCUUCCAGGAAACUUCCCCAAGCUCUCUCUCUCUCUCUCUCUCUCUCUCUCCUACUCUUAUGAACUUUUAUUUCCACUCAAUCUUCUUGUCUUCGAUACAAAAAAGAAAGAAAAAAAAGAAGAAAAAAAAAUAACAACGAAAAAAAAAAAGCCAUGAAUAGAAAUGAGUCUUGAGCGAGUCGUCAGGCACCUCCCGAGUGCCACCAGGGGUUUAGACACAUGUUGGACUCCUUGCAAUAAGAGACUAAGCGAGGGGCUGGGAACAUGCUGGCCUUUUGGGCCACUGUGGGAAGCAUCAAAGAGGAAUGAAGACCAGCAAUAUGCAAUGAGAACAACCAGCCUGCACUCAAGGAAAAGAAACUAACAGGCUAACAAACAAUCAGGAUUUGCAGGCUACAAAUAACUGCUAAUUGUCUAGACUGACAAAGGGAUUUUAUUUUGCAAAGCAUGCAUACGUCACGGUUCUUUGGCUCAUUAUGGGAUGAAUCCUUCUCAGAAUCUAGACACAAGCCCCUCGAUUCACCCUCUCUCCAUUUCCGCCAUCAGACCUGUGUAAAUUUCCACCAUAACUCCUACACGAUUUGUAAGGAGAUGUCUUAUUCUUGAGUAUUAUUCAAUAAAAUAACAAUAUAUUUGUACCAUUGUAAGCACUGUGGUGCACUUA